AACAUCUCAUCCCGCGUCUACAAUGACUGAGAGUGACUCAAGUUUGGAUUGGAAAACCCGUGCUGCACAGCGAAAGCAAGCACAACUAGAUUCAAUUCCGUCUGAAUGGAUUCUACACGAUCUUCGACUGGAAUCCGAAAACGUCAUGGACGUCCCCGAGAAAUGUGGCCUUCUUUCUGCACGCGAGCUGGAAAUCACAAACACAACCGACGUAGAAGUCAUUCUCAAGAAGUUGUCUAAUUCAGAGUGGUCUUCGGUGGACGUGACCAGGGCAUUUUACAAACGGGCUAUCAUAGCUCAACAGUUGGUUGGUUGACAUGCUCUGUCGUUUGGCUGUUCGACUGGCUUAAUAGACGCUGUCGGUUAUUCUUCUUGCUUUGCCUUUGCAAAUAUCGAACUUCAUAGACAAAUUGUCUCACGGAGAUCUUCGUAGAGAGAGCCCUCGAUCGUGCCAAGGAGCUGGAUGAUAUACUGAGGAGAACGGGGAAGGUCGUUGGUCCUUUGCAUGGCCUCCCGGUAUCCCUGAAAGAUCAAUUCACGAUGAAAGGACUGGAGACAAUCAUGGGUGAUGUUCAGCUGCGAUCUCGAGAUGAUAGGAAAAUUGAUAGGUGAUUCCCUGCGUUGCUCGAACAGGUUAUGUCGCUUGGAUCGGGCGUUAUGCUAAGUCCGACUGCGUACUUGUUGAAAUGCUGUAUGACUGCGGAGCAGUUCCGUUUGUCAGGACCAAUGUCCCCCAAACCCUUAUGUGGGGAGAGACGUACAACCAUGUCUUCGGGAGAACAUCGAAUCCGUACAACAGGCGGCUUACCGCUGGUGGCUCCUCUGGGGGAGAGGGUGCCCUUGUCGCUAUGAAGGGCAGUCCGCUUGGCGUUGGAACGGAUAUUGGAGGCUCCCUUCGCAUUCCGAGUGCGUUUUGCGGUUUGUAUACCCUAAGACCAUCGUACGAGCGUUUGCCCUACUAUGGUGCCACUAAUGCACUGGAAGGUCAAGAAUCCAUUUCCUCGGUCCUCGGGCCGAUGACGAAUAGCAUCACUGGUCUUAAGAUAUUCGUUAAGGCUAUCAUCGAUUCACAACCAUGGAAGAGGGAUCCUUUAGUUGUCCGGAAGGAAUGGUCGGAGAAGGAGUACCAGCUGGCCUUCCACGGAGGUGGUAGUCCUCUUUGCUUUGCAAUCAUGUGGGACAACGGGGUUGUCAAGCCACAUCCUCCUUUGCGCCGUGCUAUGGUAAUGACUAAGGGGGCGCUUGAGGCUGCUGGACAUAGGGUGAUUGAUUGGGAGCCUCAUCGACAUUUAGAGAUAUACAAGAACUCGGAAACGAUAUUCGUUGCCGAUGGCGGUGAAGAUUAUCGCACCGAGUGUGAGCGAUCGGGAGAGCCUCUAAUCAAGUCAAUGAUAAGCGAGGAUGAUGGGCAUGAACCAAUUGUUGAAAAGCCGUUUGUGAACCAUUUGGUAGGGGAAUCAUAUCACAGGAGUGCAUACCAGCUCUGGGAGCUUCACAAAGAGAAACGGCAGCUUAGAAAGUCCCACUUGGACUAUUGGGAGGCUACCGUACAUCGAACCGGGACUGGGCGACCUGUUGAUGGAAUUAUAUCUCCAGCUGUCGCUUACCCUGCAGUGCCCCAUGGAUUGAAUACUGAUUCUUUCUACACGACUUUGUGCAAUGCAAUGGAUUACACCACCUCGGUGUUCCCCGUCACUUCUGUGGACACAGAACUGGAUCACCCCCAUGAUCCGCACGAAUUCUACAACUACGAAGACGAAGCGGUGUAUAAACUAUACGAUUCGGGACUAUUCCAAGGUUGCCCUGUUGGUUUGCAGCUAAUCGGCCGCACUCAAGAGGAAGAAGCAGUGAUUAGGAUGACGGAGAUAAUAGAUACAGCGUUGAAGGAAAACAAACGGAUAAAUACCGAAACAGAUACUAAAUGAUACAGAGGAGGGAAAGAAUCUAAAUACUAGUGAUACAACGGUCAUUAUAUGGACUGUAACUAUACGUGUAUAUGCUACCAGGAACCGGUUUCGGUGUUGAGUCAAGGC